AUAGGGUGUAGUUAUUGGGCAUGUGAUUUUAACUUAUUAAUGACAUGAGCGAUUAAGGCCACACAACCGGUUAGCAAAUAACCAUUUCGUUGAAGGUUUAACGUAAAUUUAUCGAUACAUUCAUUUGUGAAACUGAUAUUCAGUUAAGAUGAAUGAGCCAGGCAUUGACCUGACUGGGAAGUUGAUCAUUAAGACGGCUCUUGGGGACGACAUAAGACGUAUCCUUAUCACCAACGAGGACAUCACUUACGAUGAACUGCUUCUGAUGAUGCAGAGGGUGUAUAGGGGAAAACUCAAUUCUACUGACGAUAUUGUCAUCAAAUAUAAAGAUGAAGAUAAUGACCUGAUAACGAUAUUUGACAGUUCUGAUCUUAGUUUUGCUAUUCAGUGUAGUAGAAUUCUAAAGAUUACUUUAUUUGUAAAUGGGAAGCCAGAACCACUGCAGUCCGAUGAAUUGAAGCACAUUAAGGGUGAACUACGCGCCAUAAGAGAUAGUUGUGUUCAGUUGCUAGACAAGCUAGAUGCAAGACCGGAUCAUGACCAGCCCAGCUCCACGGUGGAUAUUGUCAAACCGAAGCCAGUGAAGAUGGCUGAGAGUCCCCGGCGGACCCCACAGCCCAGCACGGCCCCAGGGUCUGGGUCGGCAGGCCCUGGGGGUAAGGAGUUUGACCCAUUGUCAUCCCAGAGACGUCAUGAGGAUCAGAACAAAAUCAUGUCCUCCUUUAGUGUGGCUGCAGACCAGUCAGAGAGGGCAGGCAGCCCUGACAGUAUAUCCAGUGUGGGGUCAGCGGCCCGACAACAACCUCCACAGACUGGUACACCAACACAUCAAGGUGGCUAUCAGCAAGGUGCAGCAAGUAGCCAGAAGGUGCCGCCAUGGCAACAACAACAACAACACGUCAGUCCUUCACCCUACAGUCAGCCUCAACCUCAAGGGACUGGGUUUGAACCGGUUGUGAUGAAUGGCCAGAAGUUCUAUACUCCCGCAAGCGUCGGACAAGACUCAUUUGCAGGCAGAGACUCUCCACAGCAGUCUAAAAGUAGCCAGCAUUACGAUCAUGCCCUGAUGCAAUCCAAUCUGUACACGGGACACAGCCAGGCUGACAUGGCAAAAGGUCACGCCAGUUACACACCAUCCGGUCUAGCCCAGCAGGCCCAGGGCAGUAGCUACAGCAGCGUGGCUCAGUCCACAUCGGCCCAGCCCCAGUCUUCUCCACAGCACCAGUACUCCCAGGGUGGGGCCCUCCCGCCCCAGGGUCAGCCCCAAGGGUAUGGUGCAGCCCAGCCUGGAGGUGGGGCUCAGUACGGGGCUUACAACCAGCCCGGGGCCUCUCAGGCAGGUACUGCACAGGCUGGUCAGCCUGCCUAUGGACCCACUGCACAGGUCUCGUAUGGAGCUCAGCAGAUGACAGGACAGCCAUCCAGUCAGGGCAUUCCCCAGCAGGUCGGUGCACAGGCUUACCAGCAGGCUUAUCAGCAGACAGGUUCCCCAGCCCCAACCCCAGCUGGGCCCGGGCAGCCUGGCCAGGGGAACCCAUACGCACGACAGGGGCCUGGAUAUAGCGCAGGCUACCCCCGACCCUCGGGCAACUACCCCCAGGGUUAUCAGUAAAGAAACAUGUUCUACAGACUGCAAAGAUAAUGAAAACAGCUUCAAGGAUAUCCACAGAUUCUUGUGUCUAUACAUUAUUUGUGAGGCAUCAUACUGGCAUUAUUCUCUGACAGCCGUAUUGCCACAGAUGCUGAAUCAUUUGACUCUCCAAUUAUAUCAAGUGUUAAGACAUUUUCUGUAAAAGACCAAUACUGUUUCAUAAUGAAAAACUUGCCAACGUGUAUAUGUUUUUGCAUAGGUUGUAAAUAUAAUGCUUGAAUGCAGUUGAAUCUAACCUUGAAUUUAAGACAUUUUCUGUAAAAGACCAAUAAUGUAUGAUAAUGAAAAAAAUGCCAACUUGUAUGUGUUUAUGCAUUGUUUGUAAAUACUAAGCUUUUAUGCAGUUGUAUCUAACCUUAAUUGUAAGCUGCUAUUUAUAACAAGCAGUGUGCGGUACAAGUUCGCUAACAGUACUCAUGUGGAGAAAAGAUUUUACUUCAGUUAAUAAUUCACAAAUGUUUAUUACUCUUUUUUUUUUCUUUUUUAAAAAGGGUAAUAAACCAAACACCAAAGCAAUAUUUUAUAGUUGGAAUAUUCUUUUAUUUAAGAAUUCCAGAACAUAAAAUAAACUUUCAUGGGACUUGAAUUCACAAAGAAACAUAGUCAAACAGACAUUUCAACAAGUGACGACCAUUUUGAGCCAUCUGAGGAAUUGAAGCUUUCAGAUUCAAGCCAAACUAAGAGAUUCAUUAAGAUGAAAAUGUUGUAGAUGAAUUCAAUAUUGAUAAUGAAUAUUGAAUUUAGAUAAGAAAAUAGAACAAAUCGCAAAUUUGAGACAAGCAAGUUUCUAGGCAUCAGGAGUUGAUUAUUUUAAUAAAAAAUGAUAAACAAUUCAUGAUGAUAGUUAUGGCAGUGAUUUGUUAUGUCUGAUAAUGUAUAUUUGACAUAAUACCUUUAAUUUAUUGAUUUUAUUUCUAUGGCUAUGUUAUCUGAUGAUAUGGCAUUAAUAUGUAAUUAAUUAUAAUAGCAAUCUGAUUUCAAAACGCUAGUUAUUAUGAUAAGCUUUAUUUUGCAAACUGAUCAGUUUGUACAGAAACUCUGAAAAUAUGUAUGGUGACUUCCAGAGGUACAACAAUCUGACGUUCAUAUCGUUCCCUACCAGAUAAGGACAAGUAAAAAAUAAAGGACAAAAUAUACAAUAUUUUUGCUUCACUGACAAGUUGUAAAUAGAAUUUUCCGUAAUUAAUCUACAAGUUAAAAAUGUUCAAUUACCUUCAAGUGCCGGUAAGUAAAGACAUGUUACCACUAACAAAUAACGUAUAAACGUGUUAUUAGUCGUUAUUGAUUUAUUACAUUUGUUAACACUUUACCACUUAGAUACGAAUGUUUACACAUUUGUUGUCCUUUAGAAAGUUAAAUUUAAUUUAAGACCUUUCUUACUAGAUUCAAGUUUUAAAGGCUUCAUCUCCAAAUCUUAGAUACUGAUGAGCGGCAAACAGCAUAAAAUCUGAACAGAUUACGAGUUACUCGCAGGCUGUUCUGGUUUUAUGCUGUUUGCACAUAGCCAUUUUUACUUUGCUUCUGAUAAGGAAAGGGUUAAUACAUAUGAGAAUAAACAUACACAAGUUUUAGAGUAACAUAUUUGAUUGAAUACAUUUUUGUGAGCCUAAAUGGAUGUAUUCACAUAAAUUUUUAUGGAUUGUUUUGCUGACAAUUUUUGCAUACUUUGGUGUAAGAUACUUAUCUAUUGUAUUGUGCAAUGUCCAAUUUGUAAACUUUUCUGAAAAUAGGAAUUACAAAUAACAAAAUGUU